AUGCUUUUAUGAUCCUUGUAAUGACCGCAUUAAUAUUUUGGUUAAAAUAGAUUUCAAAAUAGAUCUUUGCUGUCUAUAAAUGUACAUCUACACAAAUGAAGGUAAAGCUGUCACUGGCAUGGUACCCAUUAAAAAACUUUGUAUACCUAAAGAGUAAAUAUUAGUAACUAAGAGGUACAUUGGUACCAAAUGUAUAGGCCUACAUCUCUGUACCCAAAUCUUACAUACUGUAUUGGGACCUUUAUAAAUGGUACUGUAUCAUCCCAGUGAGAGCUUUUAUAAAAUUUUCCUUGAUAAAAUAUACAGUCUUUAAUGCCAUCCGGUUAAUAUUUAGUAAGUAAAUAGCAAGCACAUGCCUUCACAAUAUGAAUUAUUGUUAGUAAAAAUGUUUACUUUAACAAAACAUGCUUUGUUAGUUGGGGAUGACUUGUACAGUGAACUAUUACCCCAGUAUUUAAUAACUGCAUCAGAUGACAGUGCAUCUUUCUAUUUGAGAACACUUGGAGUUUUACAGUUAAUACCAUAUUAAUAUUAACGAAGAUUUACGUUCCUUAACACGAAACAUAAAUGUGCACUGACCAUUAUUUCACAUACACAGGCACGCGUGGCGCAGUGCGCGCACAGAAUAGUUUCUUUUUAGAGUUCGUCAAAGCCACGCGCCCGGCGCGCGAAGCCCGAGCAGGGGAUUCAUGCAGGGGGCGGGGUUUUCCUCCGGGAGCGUGCGGCCCGAAUGGGGGUGGAGGUGCGGUGCACGUGUAGAAAAGGCCGAGCAAGUUCCUUCACCCCCAAAUCAGUAACCGAACAGGUGAUAUCAACAUACUACGAUACGCUUGUUGGAGCCACGCGAAAGGCACGAGAGCGGAGCUUUACUCUCAAAUUACCCACUGCUUUAGCAUUGCGCACCACCUCAUCUGUUUAUUUCACUUUUACGCGUUUUAGAGAUGGAGACAGCUGUCAUCGCGACAACCCAACUGACCCAGGAGUCAUUUUAUCAUCAGUUUUCGGAGAACUUUACAUCCCAUCAGAAACAGGACAGGGAGCGUUGCUCUCCACGCGCAGAACCCAAAGUGCUGAAGAGACAGCGCUCAAGCAGUCCCGAACUGCUUAGAUGCAAGAGGAGACUGACCUUUAACGGACUCAGCUAUUCAAUUCCUCAGCAGCAGCCCGUUGCUGUGGCCAGGCGAAAUGAACGCGAAAGAAACCGAGUCAAGCAAGUCAACAUGGGCUUCCAGACGCUUCGCCAGCACGUGCCCAACGGAGCGGCGAACAAAAAGAUGAGCAAAGUGGAGACGCUGCGCUCAGCGGUGGAGUACAUCCGCGCGCUCCAGCAGCUCCUGGACGAGCACGACGCUGUGUCGGCUGUGUUUCAGUGCGGCGUCCCGUCUCCAUCCGCAUCCAAUGCGUACUCAGCGGGCCCGGAGUCUCCUCAUUCAACUUACUCCUCUGAUGAAGGCAGUUACGAGCAUCUCAGCUCAGAAGAGCAAGAGCUGCUCGACUUCACCACAUGGUUCGACAGAUAUUAACCAGGUGUUUCAUUGACUGGUAUACAUUGGUGCUGAAAGGACAGCACAUGGACAGUGAUGCGCACUGGUGCGCACGAAGGAACCGAGGUUUUGGAUGAAGCACUGGCCACACAGAUGACCUUUUCCAGUAGUGUGCUCGUCCACACAUAUGCAACACUUGCAACAUGUGAUAACUGCCCGGAUAUCUGGGAUAUCUACGGACUUGUGUUUGUUCACCCUGUCUCAGUCAUCAAAUAUGCAUUCAACAUAUUCGAUCUGUUAAUGCAAUAAUUUGUAAGCGAGAUUGAAUGGGCAGUUGUAGUGAGGAAAAUAGUCCCAUGUAUGGAGUUUGUUAGGGAAUAAACUAACGUUACACUAGGCAGCUCACAGGCAAAUUGUAUGUCUUAAUAUUUUUGUGCUAGAUGUGCGGCAGUGAUUUUGUACUGGUUGAAUAACUUUUGUAUCAAAGUGUGCACUUGUGUGUUUUUAUACAAACUUGUGUAUAUGCAAUUUUUUAUUAAGAGAAACCCUAUUUUAUGUAAAAUAAAUAUUU